AUGUAUCAUUUUUAUCAAAGUUAUUUUUCAAUAAGUACAACCAAAAAUGGUAUAACAUAUACAAUUGAUAGCACAAACAGCUUUGCUAUUGUUGGAAUUGAAGGCCAAACACAAUGCAAUGCUAUCGAUCCUAAUUCGUUUCAAUCAACAGAAUUAAUUCUUGAUUCAAAUGUUAAAAUUGGUGGCAUCAACUAUGAAGUUCUUGAAAUAGCACCAUAUGCAUUUUAUCGUUAUAAUCACUUUGAAAAGAUUGUUUUCCCUAAUAAUCUUGAGAAAAUUGGAAACAAUGCUUUUGACCGGGGCUUUCAUAUUAUGGGCGAGUUAUCAUUAGUAGAUUCGUUAAAAUAUCUAGGUGAUUAUUGCUUUGCUGAAUCAAGAAUAAAAGUUUUGAAAAUAGGAAAAAAUGUGGAGAAAAUUGGACAUUGUUUAUGUGGUGCCGAUACUGUUCUAGAAAAGAUCAUAGUAGACGAAAAUAACCCUAAUUUUGCGCAUGAUAUGCUAUACAAUCUGUAUUCUAAGAAUUUUUCUAUACUUUAUCAAGUCAACGCUGUAAUAGAGCACUACACAACACCACAAACCGUUAAACUUAUAAAAACGCAGGCAUUUGACAACAUUCCCAUAAAAUCAAUUACAAUAACUCAAGAUUGUCAAUUUGAACGAGCUGUAUUUCAUGCAACACAAAAAUUGCAAAAUAUUACAUUUUAUGGCAGUAUAAAAUGCGAUGAUCAUAUCUUUAGAUUAGGUACUUCUCUCAAAUUAAUACAUUACUAUUCAUAUAAACCAGUUCUCACAAAUCUUUUCCAUGAAAUGGAAACAGGUAGCAUCGUUGUUUAUUGCUGCAAUAGAUUUAACACAGAUUUUUCAGGAAUUUCACCUAUUAAAGGUUUUGAAUGUAUUAGCACACCUAUCAAAUCGUGCGUGCUUAAUUAUUACUUCCGUUCUUAUGAAAUAUUUAUUUUUAUCACAAUUCUUUUAUGA